ACUUCCUUUACCGAAACGUCACAAAGACGGAAGAUCUCAUUGGUUACGAAAAUUAAAAUCGUAAACAAAUAAAAACUUGGAACGAUGUCGACAAAAAUGACAAAUUUCAACUCCAGCUUGGCGUAUGAAAUAUUACUUUACUUGAACUCUUUUUAUUUAGGAAUGUUCUUCGUCUGUGAAAUAGCUAUGGGAAUUUUAAAAGCCAUAAAUGUAUCAUAUCCCGAAAACGCGCUAUUAACCGAGGCUGGAAUAUUUAGUGCGUUAUGCCUUCUUGAAGUUAUUCGUAUAUUUUUAGGUAGACGAGGCAAUUUAGCGAGCACAAAACUUCCAGUUUUCUUCUCAGUGAUAUUAACAAUACCUUGUGCGGUCGGAGUUUGCUAUUUCUUAAUAUACCAGACGUAUAUUUUACGUCUAGAAUAUAUCUGGUGUGCCGUAAUGUUAAUAUUCCAUGCCUUGGAGUUGACUUUUGCCAUUUUAUUCAUUUUUACUGUGUGCAAAAACCAACAGUACGAAUAGAACAGGUUCAAAAGUACCUCCUUGCCAAAUAAAUACUAAUUGCCAAAUCUAUCGUCCUAUUUCUACUAUAGUUCAUAAAGGAGAGUGCUUAUAGACUACUGUAGAUGUAUUGUGUCGGUGAAAUUAAAAAUGUGUGGAAUAU